UUUUUUAGUAAAGUUUUCGUGCUGCUUAGGGCUAUUUGAGGAACAGAGCUAAAUGCUAAAGCAAAUAGUUAACCAUAAAAUACGCAUGUUAUCAUAACAGGAUACGGUUGGCACAGUCACAGAUAAUACCAGACGCUGUGGAUACUCACUAUAUGUUCUUUUUAUCAUUUGGUUCAAAGCAGAGUACGAACUGAUGUCUUGGUAAUUGAGAUAAUUGAGUUAAGCAAAUAAAGAUCGCUAGCAGGAGAUGCUAGCGAACAUUCUCAAUGGAUUUCAGUCUUGAUCGUGACAUUGCCAAGGAAAAAGAUUCUUAAAUCUUCUGAUCAAGCUCGUUCCUCUAAAGAAAAUGGAUUUUUCCAUUGCUGAUUGUAGUAUGAUUAUCAAGAGUGAUUUUAAGACAUGUGGCGACUUUUUUAAAGUGAUCAAGUUUGAAAUGGAACAUAUUUCAGGCCAACCGGGAUAUUUAGGAGAGUAUUAUUAUUUAAACAUCACGUAUGAAACGCUGGAAGGAGAUAUAAAGGCGGGCAAAUAUUUCAUGAAAUCGCUUCCAUACCACGACGCAGUAUUGACGGAAGCGGUGGAAAGUUGGGGCAUAUUUCGUAAGGAAGCUGAAUUAUACAGUCUUCUUUUCAAUAAGUAUGAAAGAGAUCCGAAGAAAGUGACCAAGUGGGCUCCUGAUUGUUUUGUUGCACGAAGCAACAUGCUUGUAAUGGAAGAUCUUACAAGUACAGGAUAUCAAACAACUUCAUUCCAAACAACGCUGAAUGAACAACACAUGAAAGCAGUGUUCGACCGUUUAGCCCAAAUGCAUGCCUCUUCUAUCCAUUUUGAGAUUAACCAACUGGGCGGAAAAUCGAUUGGAGCUAUCUAUAAUGAAGAUGUUUUGUUUGAAACCACAUUCACUUCAACAAGCGGAUGGUUUGUGGCUGGAUUAAAGGGAAUUCAAAAGAUCGCUUCAGAGAGAAAUCGUUACUCACAUGAUCCACGAAAAAAAUCAAUCAUUGAAAAUCAGUUGUGGAGCUGUUUGGAACGAAUUUAUACACUUGCCGAAGAUACGGAAGAAUUUCGUUCGGUCGUAGUUCAUCGUGACCUAUGGAUCAACAAUAUCAUGUUCAAGUACGAUCAAACAGACGAUUUGUGCAAAAAACCGACCGACUGCUUACUGAUCGAUUUUCAGUUGGCGCGAUAUUUGCCACCAUGUGUGGAUUUUGUAUGCGCUUUAUAUCUUUUAACUAAUGCCGAACAUCGGUCACAGUACGCUGACCGGUACGUUGAGUAUUAUUACAAUUCAUUACAAAACAAAUUAGCAAUUCUAGGCCUGAAUGGGCCAUCUAUUCUCUCAAGAGAACAAUUCGAAAAAAGCCUUGAUCAUUAUCGGCUUCUUGGUCUCGUUUGGACGGGCGUACUGCACGGAUUUGUGAACUUUCCCAAAGGUAUGUUGGCUCAAUUGCACCAAGAAGACCCUGAAACAUAUACAAGAAUGUCGAUGGAGAAUCGAGACGAUUUUAUCUUGAAGUAUUAUGACAGUGAUAGUUUCUUUCAUGAUCGGUUAGAUGACAUUGUUACCGAGCUGUUAGAAUACUUGUUUGAUUUUAAAUAGCUCUAUAAUAAUAAUUCAGAUUCACUUCAUACUAUGUGGGCGCUGUAGUUGAUCACAAAAAAAAACAAAAUUAAACAAAGUUUAAUGUUUAAAAAAAUGUGUACAAGCGGGAAAUGAGCAAUAUUUUAAGCAAUAAAAUUGCUAAAAACAAGAAUGAAACAAAAGAAAAAUAAAAAAUAUCAAGUCAAAUUAUACGAAAAAAUGGAUAUUUAGUAAACGCUUUGAUCGGCCAGGUGACAAUCAUUUAAAGCUUAUAGUAAUAGUAUACAUUUAUAUUAUUUCUAUAUAUUCAUCCGCUAUGAGCGUUUCGGAUACUAUGUAAACAAUAAUUACAUCGCAACACGGUUGUUCUUAAUACAUAAUAAAGGUUAUUGUAACAUAAGCUA